AUGGCCCCUCAGAUCGAAGCUGUUUCCACCAAAUCUGCUCCGGCUCCGCUGCCGCAGUUCUCACAGGCUGUUAAGCACAAUGGCAUGGUGUACUGCUCCGGAAACGUCGGAGCCAUUCCUGGGACGAACUUUGAGCUGGUAGAGGGAACAGUUAAAGAUAGAGCGCGACAAGCUAUCAAGAAUCUUGAGGCUAUCCUCAAAGAGUCCGGCAGUAGUUUGAGAAACAUUGUCAAGAUGAACAUCUACAUCACAAACAUGCAAAACUUUGCUCUUGUGAACGAAGCAUACGAUGAGUUCUUCACUUGGGAGCCCAAGCCGCUACCGUUGGGAACCGAUGUUGAGAUUGAGUGCACUGCAGCUCUAGACUAG